CCUCCGACUCCUCCACUCCUCAUCCCUCCCCUCCGCGCCCCGUCCCGCCCGCCGGCGCUCGGCUCCUUCCACCUGCGCGGCGGCGGCGGGGCGCCGGGAGAUGUGAGCCCCAUGGGGGGCGGCCGGCCGCGGCGGGGGGCGGCCUGGCUGCUGGUGCUGCCGCUGCUCCUGCCGCCGCCCCCCGCAGCCCACACAGGAGAGUUGUGUUGUUCUUUGCCUAACCCUAGGAAUGUCCAUUUUGAAUCUAUAAACAUGAAGAAUGUCCUUCACUGGUCAGCACCAGAAGGCACAGGAGAUGGAGUACUCUACAAGGUGAAGUAUUCAGUAUAUGGUGUUGGCAAAUGGAUUAGAAAGGCAGAAUGCAGGAAUAUCAACAGAACAUGGUGUGACCUCUCUGGUGAGACCUCUGACUACGAAGAACAAUACUAUGCAAGCGUUAAAGCCUUCCUAAAUGGGAUGUGCUCUGACUGGAUGGAGACCACACGAUUCAACCCUCUUACAGACACUAAAAUUGAUCCACCCAUGGUAAGUGUAUCUUCUACUGAGAAAUCUAUUUCAAUCAUUCUGACUGCCCCUGAGAAGUGGAAGAGAAGUCCUGAGGGAGAAUCCAUAUCUCUGCUUCAAGUGUAUCCUGGCCUGCAAUACAACGUGUCUGUCCUCAACAAAAAAACAAAGAAGCGGUGGUGGUUCUCCGUCAGCAACAACACCUUGGUCGUGCCUUGGUUAGAAUCUGGAACAGCUUAUUGUGUCAGUGCACAGAUAUAUGUCACCACACCACUUCUGCAUAGUGGGUUCUCCAAAGAAUAUUGCGUUGCUACUUUGAAAGAUAAAACAGCAGAUGAGACUAUAACAAUCGUGUUUGGAUAUGUUCUGCCUAUCAUGCUGGCUGUCUUUUUUAUUUCAAUGACAUGCUAUUGUGUGCACAGGUAUAUUCACGUCAGCAAACAGAAACAUCCAACAAACCUGGUAUGGCACUACACUGACAAAUGCAAGGAAAGGGUUUUCAUACCAUGUGAAAAAAUAGUUGUCAACCUUAUCACCAUUAACAUGGAUGAGUACAAGCCGUCUCACGAGUCCAAUCAUCUACCAGAAGGGAAACGUCCCUGUUAUUAUACUGUUUACAAUGGCACAGAAGGAAAGGAUUUGCCUUCAAAAGAAAUGCUGGAAACAAAACAUUUGCUUGAUGUUUCACACAAAGAGAUUUUGCACAAAGAGGAUAUUUUAGCAGAAGGAGACCAAACUGGGAGCUGGCCAUCUUAUGGCCAGACUGGAACAAAGAAUACUUUGAGACAGAAAAAUGCAGGGACUGUAGAGUAUGAACAUGAUGUAAGGGCUGAAGAUUUCAGUUCAGGUCAGAAAACAGAAGAUCUCAGUUUGAAAGAGAAGACCUCUGCCCCUGGGGGACAACUGGGUGAGCCACAGAUUGUUCUGGGGGACUUGGUUAAUAAGAAAACAGGACAGUCGUAUUGCCCCCAGCUAGAGGUGAGGGCAGCAGACCCUUGUUUGGGUCCGAAAAUAGAGGAACUUAAUUUGAAGAUGGUUGAUGCAGCAGGUGAGUUGCCAGGUGAGACCCGUAUCAACUUGGUGGACUUGGAUACUGAAAAAUCUGGGCAGACAUCCUGUCCUCAGCUGGAAAAAAUAGCCCAGGGCCUCACAGAAAAAGAGGGUGAACAGACCAUAUUAGUAGAUUGGGAUCCUCACACUGGAAGACUCUAUAUUCCUACCUUGUCCAGUGUUGAAAAUCAAGUGUGUGAAGGAGUAUUUAAGUGUGAUUAUCCUGACAAAGAGGGAAUUCUGUCCAUACUGUAUGAGAAAGAAGUAUCUGAUGAAUCAUCAGAGGACCAAGAGAUGUACCUCCUGCAAUUCAAGGAACAAUGGGGACUGCAUGUAGAAAUGGAAGACUGAACAGUAAUUUUCUAAAAUAUUCUAAAAUGCAAAAUCUUGUUUCCUUUGCCAAAGAGAGUGAUGGUUUCAGCGGAGAAAACACAUCUUAUUGUAUUGAAGUUUUUGGAACCAUCACAGCUGAACAACAUAUUCAUGAUAUGUUAUUUGUAACAGUUUCCAGACAUGAUGUAAACGGUUUCAGCUCCCAUCUUAAACCCCUCAGGUAAAAAAUUAUGGUUAUGAGAGUCUUUACUUUGAAAAUGUAUAUAUAUUUUUACAGAAGAUGCUGUUAGGAUUUUCACAUUGUAAUUCCUACCCAAACAAAUUAACAGCUUUUAAAAGCAGUUAUUUUUAGCAAAUAAAAAGCAAUAAUAUGACAUUUUGCUGGGCUAUUUCAUGUAUCUUGACAUUGACACAAUGUAGUCUUUCUAGGUCCCGUCCCCGUCCCAUCCCCCUUCUUUUCCCCCGCUUUAUAUGUAAUGGUUUGAGCUGACUUUUGUGGACAUUAAGGGCAUUCCAGCAGUAAAUAUUUUGUUUCUGUUUUAUAAACAUUCUUCUACUUGAUGAAGCUCUUCUGUAUUUCUCUUGAAAGACUGGUCUGAGGUCCCGUCCAUACUGCGUCAUGCAGAUACGCAGCCAGCAACAAUUCUUUUAGAAGGUGUGCCUGCAGGCUCAACAGACCUAAGGGAGAAGAAAGCAAGCAUUACUCUUAUUUUAAACUGGGGGAAAAUGUGGCACAGAGGGGUUCAGUGAAACGCCUAUAAUCUUACUGGACAGACCGUGUCUCACAGCCUUAGACAGAGUACGGCGCCUGUAUGACUCAUGCCCUGCAAGUGUUUGUUCCUCUCCGACGACUUUAACGUCAGGCUGGCGUGACUAGCUCAGACGGAGAAGUCUGCCCCAGACACACCGCUGCUUCUGCAGGCACAUCCCGCUUGCCAUGGCAGACCCAGAAAAUGUACCUGUGGGCUUUCUUAUCUGAUGUCCUGACCAGGACUUCUGAUGCAAGUUCACUUUUUCUCCAUGUCAUGUGAUAUUUAUUUAGGAUAGUAAAGUUACAGGAUAUUCUAGAAAUUACUUACUAGGGCAGGUAAAACUUUUUGAAGUCUUUCUGACGCUUUUCUACUUAAUGGACUUUUUUUUUGAACACCCAAAAAGAAAAAAACCAAGCCAACCACACAUUAAUGAUUUGUUUGGUUUUGAAGAGGAGAAGCAAAAAACAGAGAAAAAACUUUUCGGUGAUGUUUAAAAUUUGUACCUCCAAACUAGGUACAUGGGUAGGUGUAUUUUUGAAGGAAGACGCUUACCAAUAUCUUUUCUCUCAGGUAAUGUUUUUGUUGCAUGACCUUGGCAUUGACUGUAACUAUUCAUCCUCUGAAAUAUUUCAGUUGUAGUCAUAGACUUUAAAACCAGAAAUGAUGGUAAAAUAUUUCAUGCUGA